AUGACCACACCAAUUAAUACGAAAGUCACAACAAAAGAUAUUAAUGGAUUAUCAUUAAUAGCAGCUCAUUCCCACAUAUCAGGUUUGGGGUUAGAUGAUAAUUUACAACCAAAAGAAAAUUCCCAGGGGAUGGUUGGUCAAUUACAAGCAAGAAAAGCAGCAGGAAUUGUAUUAAAAAUGGUUCAAUUAGGUAAAAUUGCAGGAAGAGCAGUAUUAUUUGCUGGACCUCCAUCAACUGGAAAAACUGCAAUUGCAAUGGGAUUAUCACAAAGUUUAGGUAAUGAUAUACCUUUUACCGCAAUAGCUGCAUCUGAAAUAUAUAGUUUAGAAUUAUCAAAAACUGAAGCUUUAACUCAAGCUUUUAGAAAAUCUAUAGGUAUAAGAAUUAAAGAAGAAACUGAAAUUAUUGAAGGAGAAGUUGUUGAAAUUCAAAUUGAUAGAUCUAUUACAGGAGGUCAUAAACAAGGAAAAUUAACUAUAAAGACAACAGAUAUGGAAACUAUAUAUGAAUUAGGUAAUAAAAUGAUUGAAGGAUUAACAAAAGAAAAAAUUUUAGCUGGAGAUGUUAUAUCUAUUGAUAAAUCAAGUGGUAAAAUAACAAAAUUAGGUAAAUCAUUUACAAGAGCAAGAGAUUAUGAUGCAAUGGGACCAGAAACUAAAUUUAUUCAAUGUCCAGAAGGUGAAUUACAAAAAAGAAAAGAAGUAGUACAUACUGUUUCAUUACAUGAAAUUGAUGUUAUAAAUUCAAGACAACAAGGAUUUUUAGCAUUAUUUUCUGGAGAUACUGGAGAAAUUAGAUCUGAAGUUCGAGAUCAAAUAAAUACAAAAGUUGCAGAAUGGAAAGAAGAAGGUAAAGCAGAAAUUAUUCCUGGAGUUUUAUUUAUUGAUGAAGUUCAUAUGUUAGAUAUUGAAUGUUUUUCAUUUAUAAAUAGAGCUUUAGAAGAUGACUUUUCUCCAAUUGUUAUAAUGGCAACAAAUAGAGGUAUAAGUAAAACAAGAGGUACAGAUUAUAAAUCUCCUCAUGGUAUGCCAAUAGAUUUAUUAGAUAGAUCAAUUAUAAUACAUACAACAAAUUAUAAUAGUGAUGAAAUUAGAACAAUAUUAUCAAUAAGAGCAAAUGAAGAAGAAGUUGAUUUAAGUAAUGAUGCCUUGGCGUUGUUAACAAAAAUUGGUCAAGAAACAAGUUUAAGAUAUUCAAGUAAUUUGAUAUCAGUUGCUCAACAAAUUUCUUUAAAAAAGAGACAAAAUGAAGUUGAAUUACAAGAUAUAAAAAGAGCAUAUAUGUUAUUUUUAGAUUCUGAUAGAUCUGUUUCUUAUUUAGAAAAAAAUAAAUCUCAAUAUAUUGAUGAUAAAGGUAAUGUUACAAUAGGUAAUACUCAGGAGAGUAAUACAGAUAAAAUUGAAGAUGAAUCAAAAAGAGAAGAACAAUCAAAAGUAGAAACAAAGAAUGGGGAUGAUAUGGAAAUCAGUUGA